UAAAAUUGACGGUGGACGCAACGGAAUAUUAUUAUACAAUACAACCAUUUCUUCUUCUAAUUCCAUUUUUUCAUUUCAAACUCAACAAACAUACUCUUUCUCAUCACGUUCUUUAUUUUCUUCCUUCUUAGCUCUCUUUCUCUGUUCAACCAAUAUCAACAUCAUCUCAUCAUGGGAAAAAUCAAAUCCUUCAAACAAGAAUUCACAAUCGAUGAACGACGCAAGGAAUCACAAAGCAUCCUUGUUAAAUAUCCCGAUCGAGUUCCGGUUAUUAUUGAAAAAUAUUCUAGAACAGACCUACCAGAAAUGGACAAGAAGAAAUAUUUGGUUCCUCGAGAUAUGUCGGUUGGGCAAUUUAUUCACAUUUUAAGUAAUAGGCUACGUUUGACUCCUGGGAAAGCUCUGUUUAUUUUUGUUAAAAACACGCUGCCUCAGACUGCUAGUCUUAUGAACUCCAUCUAUCAAACUUACAAGGACGAUGAUGGGUUUCUGUAUAUGUGUUACAGCAGUGAGAAAACAUUUGGUUAACUUGGUUGCAUAAAUUGCAUUUGAUGAUUAAUUCCUUCAAGUAUUUCCAAAUUGUGUAUUGUUAAUUUGUAAAUAAAUUCAGUACAUAAUGUACUUGUAUAUAUAACAUGACAAUACUUGAUUCUCUAGUGUAAACAAUGAUUUGUUGCACUUUAAAUAAAGUUCACAUUGUAAAUAUUUAGACAUCCAUUUUUCUUCUUCAUAUUAUGUAUAGAUGACUUGGGAUGUCGACAACCAAUAGAAUAUAGACAUGUAUAUAAAUGAAGCCUGUUACACUCAUAGAAAGUAGGAUUGAGAAUGUGUAA